CGGACUUGGUCAUCUUACACAACGACACUGACGCCUGGCUCGUCGUCGAUGCUGCCCUUUUCGAGAUUUGCUCGCCCAUGUCGCGCCCAAUGGUGUUCUCUACGCAAUAUUUCUCUUGCUAGUCGCGCCGCUCAACAGGAAACGCCAAAAUCCAUUCGACAUCCUCAACGUCGCCUCCGUUUUUAUUCGACGGAGCCUCCUGCACCUCCUCGCAGCGUCAGCGUGUUCACCCCAUCUUCAGCCGUCGUUUUUGUGACUGUACUCGUUGGCUUGGUCUUUUAUUUCCGCCAUGAAAAGGCCAAACACAUCGAACAGCGAGAAAAAGAGCGUGCUGCCUCACAGUAUGGACGUCCGAAAGUUGGCGGUCCCUUCAAAUUAAUGUCGCAUACUGGCCAGCCAUUCACUGAUCAAGACCUCCUUGGAAAGUGGAGUUUAGUCUACUUUGGUUUCACGAAUUGCCCCGACAUUUGUCCUGCUGAGCUUGACAAGAUUACUGCUGUUGUAGAGGCUGCAGAGAAGGAACACGGCAAAAUCUUUCAACCUGUUUUCAUAUCAGUCGAUCCCGCUAGAGAUACCGUGUCACAGAUGGCUGUAUAUCUUAAGGACUUCCACCCGUCCAUUGUCGGUCUUGUCGGCACGUAUGCUGAGACUCGAGCGAUAUGCAAAGCCUAUCGAGUUUACUUCUCCACACCGCCGGACGCCGACCCCAACGGCGACUAUCUUGUUGACCAUUCGAUAUUUGUAUAUCUCAUGGAUCCCAAUGGUCAGUUUGUCGAGGCCUUUGGUCAGGUAACUACAUCCUCUGAUGUAGUCGAAAAAAUCCGUGAGUUUGUGGGCGAGUGGGAGAAGGAUCAUAGCAAAGUGUAGAGACCUUCGAACUCACCAAUAUCUGACUAUUUAUUUAAUAAUUGCAAAUCCUUUCAUCCCACCU